AGUGUCAUUCCUCAAAGAGAGAGGGAAGGAAGGGGGAGAGCUGAUCGCAGCGAGGAGGGGAAAAAAGGAGGGUUUGAGCUCUGGCUUUUAUAAUUGUGCCGUUUGCAAAGACGGAAAGAGCUGCAGCGAAUAUAAGGCAAUGAUUGGGGCUUUGAGAAGUACCUACUGAUUGGAGGCUAUCAGACAAUCACACUGGCCUCGCUUGCCAAGUUGUUCUGCCUCCUGGGAGGAUUCAUUCACAGGGAGAUAUGUUGACGCUGCCAUUCGAUGAACCUCAUAUGAUGUGUGAGCCGCGCUUUGGUGCCAACUAUCCCCGCGAAAAUCUCCCUGAGAGCCUGCAGCAGCAGCAGGAGCGACAACAGCGCCCCACCGCCGGGUCAAAUUCGGACAUGAUGAGGGAGGCCGAGGACGACCUCCCCGACAGGGAGGAAGAUGAAAGGGACGACCAGGACGAGAACGGGCUGCAGAAGAAACGAGGACCGCGGAAAAAGAGGCCCGGCAAGGAGCAUGUGGACAGGGCCAAACUUCGGCGCCAGGAAGCCAACGCCCGUGAGCGCAGCCGGAUGCAUGGCUUGAACGCCGCGCUGGAAAGUCUGCGCAAAGUUGUGCCAUGCUACUCGAAAACUCAGAAGCUGUCCAAGAUAGAGACGCUCAGACUGGCCAAAAAUUAUAUCUGGGCCCUGUCAGAGACCCUUAGUGCAGGAAAGAGACCGGACCUCCUCGCUUUUGUGCAGACUUUGUGUAAAGGAUUAUCUCAGCCAACAACCAAUUUGGUUGCAGGCUGUUUGCAAUUGAACGCGAGAAAUUUCCUGACGGAUCACAACGGAGAGGUGAUGUUUUCUGGGAGGUCGCCUUAUGAAGCUAUGUACUCGUACACUGGUUCGGACAUGAACUCACCCCCGGGCCACAGCGGUGGAAGUCUGGAUCCCAGCUCCAAACCGUUUCGACACUACAGCUACAGCAGCGCCUACGAGACUUACUUCGAGAACCCAUCCCCGGACAGCGGAAGCCCGCAUUUUGACAGCCAACUGAGCCCCCCGAUGAACUUCAACGGGAUUUUCUCUUUAAAGCACGACGACCCACCAGAUUACGGGAAAAGCGGCCACUACGGAGUGCGCUACUGUGGCGCGCCAGGGCGCACGGCCCUGGCACCCAACUCAAUGUAUCGAGUCUCACCAGAGGCCCGUUUUCCAUACGAUCUGCACGUCCGCAGCCAGUCCUUUCAAACCCAGGGGGAAGUUAAUGGCUCUUACCACAAUUAAUUAAUUAGUAAAGUGCUAAAAUCAGAAGCAAAUUUAUCUGCACAAAAGUAAAAAAAAAAAGUAAAAAACUGACCUCAUAAAAAAGCUGAAUUUGAGGUUUAAAGUUUGUUUUUAAUUACAGAAUCAACAGUUUGGAAAUGAUUUUAAUUUAUGUACAGAAAUAAUCAUCUUAAACACUAUAGAUCCUGAUAUUUAAGAUGGAUUUAUUAACAAAUUGGUGCUAUUUGUUUCCAAAAAAGUACAUUUCAAAGAGAAGGCAUUUCUGAGCAUUUAUUUUACUUUUUAUUGUUUUGUUUUUUUAUCUAUUUAAUUUUCUGUGCAACUGCAGGGCAGAACUUACAUCUUUUCUUAUUGUGAGAUCUGUGAUCAAACAGUUUUUUGGAAACAGCUGAUUAUUCCCGUCCCAAUCUGAUAUUUUAGGACGAUUAAAAAAGUUUAAUUCAUCAGGGAACUUGACUUAAACUUGACUUGCUUGGAUUUCAGAGAAAGUGUGUUGGCAAUAAAAAGUUAAAUUGAGCUAUGCAAUCUUGCCAAAUGCAAUCCGUGCUUGUUUGAAAUUUAAUAUGUAUUCUCACAAACGCGUCUUACAAUUUAGGACCUAAAAUAAUUAAAUAACAGGACAAAGGCCUGGAAGAAUACAGGCGCUAAAUGUUACAUUUCAAUUCAUGUGUCGGAUUUUUCUUUUAUGUACCGAAAUGAAUGUGUAUUCUGUUAUUAUUUAUGUACAAUUUAUUUAUUUGUUUAUUAUUUAUUGCAAUUUCGUUGUAUUUAAUUGUGAAUAAUAUCAAAUAGAAAAAGGAUGUAAAAAAAAUCAUAAUGUGAACUUUUAUGUGAAUUUCCACAGUUUAUUUAUCUCGCAUUGUUGUAAAAUUUCCCUGCAGCUGACAAGAAUAAAACACAUUUAAGUGCAGUUGAAAAAAAUAUGUAGAAUGCCUUAAAUUGGAGAGAACAAGCUCAAAAUACGAUCAAUGGGGAAGUUGAAGUUUUGGAUCGCUUGAUGUUAACUUUUUUUUUUUUUUUUUUCUUAUUUGGAGCGCCUGUGAUGCACUUCGUGUAUUUCCGCACAUUGUUAUUGGCCGCUGUCAUAAAUCUUGUUGAUUUUUGUAAUCGGAUACCGAAUGUUUAUUGGAUGAUCAAUCUAAUUUAUGUCCUGAAAGACACACACACGCACACAGGCACGCACACACGAUCACUCGACACACUGACGCGCACUUAUGGAAACCCGUUAUGGAACGAAAUAUUCGUGAAGUAAUGUGUUAAUGUUUUGUGAUGUGUUUACUCGCAAUAAAAUAAACGAAUAAAAAAAUUAAUUAAUUAA